UUUGUUGGUAGUGGCUAGUUUACUAAAACAAAGUGUGGAUUGCAGUCACUGUCCAUAAACUACUUUUUUCUGAGGUAAGGAAACAAUUUUUGUAAUAUCUGACAUAUUCCUUUUAAUCUGUCUAGAAACCAGUCCAUAAUGUUACUCCUCAAACCAUUUUGUUCUAGUCCUGCUGGAUAUCAUCCUAGUGAGGCAUGUUGCUUAAGCCAUAAUUAGACUACAAAAUGCAAUUUACUUGGAUGAGUUUCAGUUUGUGCUGAAAAUAUGUCACUCAUUGUAAUUUAGUCAGUGCCACUGGUCCAGCCAGUUUAGCAUCAUUUUUCAAUCUCGAGUGCUUUCCCAGCAAUGUACUAGGUAACGUGAAAGCUAAGAUGUAGCUUGAACUUCCUAUCGGACCACUCAACUCGUUGCAGACAGCUGUCCGUCUGAAUACCAAGACACCCUUGGUUGAGUGAUUAAGAGGCCCAAGCUUCCUUCGACACACAGCCCUGUGUGAAAAGCUCUGAUGUUGAUCUGAGUUUUUCUGGGGCACCUGGUUGUGGCCCUAGGCCUGCUCCUGCCCUACCCUGUCUGUGAGGCCACCACUCUGGGUGCAGUGGUCAAUGUUGUCCCUCUAGAGAAGAGUGGAGGAAAUAUGGUGAGGGCCCACUACACCGUGAUCUCUGCCCUUCCCUGUCCAUCGUUCUCCGGAGUGUGUCAGACAGGGGAAGACUGUGUCGUGCAUACCACCUCGUUACCCUACACAGGACAGAAGCCCACCUCAGGCUGGUGCGUCCGCCAAUGGCAGAGGACCAUUCCCAGCAACUACAGGGCCAACGUGAAUUUGGGUCUAACCCAUUGAGACUAAACCAGCCCCCUUACUGCAGCCUGCCUCCUCCUCUCAGGGCUUGUGUGAACUGCCCACAUCACUUCCCACUGAUGGUGAAGGACCUGGAUGGGGACACAGUGCUCUGUCGCUUUGCCCAUGCUGACCUUGGAGAAUGCCUUGACUGCCCCCAGUACAACUUUCUGAAGAUGGAGGAGGAGACGUGUAGGCUGUUGUACAAUGGUAAAUCGUCCGCUGGCCAAUACUCUGUGCAGCUGAUGGUGGAGGACUUUUCACGCCAAACCCAAACCAACAAACGCAAAGCACUCAGUUCCAUCCCACUGCACCUGUCCCUUACAGUGGAGGAGGCGUCCUCAAGCUGCACUGCUGAGCCGGUCACUACAGGACUGACACCAACAGGGGGAGUCACUAUCUAUGUUCUGCCCUAUGAGCAGAUCAACGUGUCUGUCACCUUUCAUUCUGACCUAGAGAGCGUAUCAGAGAUAGUGGUGGUUGGUCCCCCUGGCCUUUUCAGGACAGCGCUGGACACCAAGGGUUCCCUGGCCACCAUGAAUCUCACAUGGAUCCGGAGCCCCAAUAACCUGCCUCCUCUUUUGCCCCUUUGUUUCCUGGCCAACACCAACAGUUUGCAGUCUGAACCCAGAUGUGUGUGGCUUUACCAAAGACAGAUGGAGACCUUUCCCACUGGAACAGAGCUGACAUGUGGGAAGACUGAGAUGCAUCUGGUUCUCCCCAUUUCCACCCUGAAGAACUUGAUUGUGUCAGAGCUCCAGCUCAACCAUCCUUCCUGUAGUGUCACCUCCAACUCCACCCAUGUGAUGGCCAGCAUCUCUCUGACUGGCUGCGGCACUAAGAGAGUGCACUCUGGUUCAGAGAUGGUGUACACCAACACCCUGCGAAGCGUACGCAACACUGUCAUCAGUCGGCAGCCCACCCUGAUUAUGCCGAUAGCCUGCCGUUUCCCUGGCGUCGAGGCCAAGGGCCCGCGGUACGCCAUCAACAUGCCGUCGGAGCAGGAGACCUUCAGCAUCGUUAAGUUCUGGUUGGAGUUCCACUGGCCUGGGGAGGGGCCCAUGGCUAACAGAACCAAAAUCCCCAAGUUCCGCCACCUCCUCCCUUCCUCGCAGCGUGUCCGCCGAGAGACGUCGGUCCGCACCGCGAGCAGGCUGGACACACUGGACCUGCAUGUGUUCUCCAACACCUCUCUGGACAGGGCAGAGCUGAUGGUGGGCAAGUGCAUGGAGUCUGAGACAGAAGACAUGGCUGACAGCCUCUGUAUCCUGGAUCAGGGGUGUUCGGCUGGAAAUGGAACCCUGGAGAUUCUGACGUCAAUCUCCACUGUCAGGGUAUACCGAAUCAACCUGAGCACUAUCAAAACUAAAGGAACCAUGCUCCUGCUGAGGACUCAAACAUGACAGUGGGCGUGGUCUUGGCUGUCAUUCAUGUCUUACUUCAAGGCCUGCUUCAUCACUGAAGAGAGAAAGGCUUAUAAUUCCUAUGUUGUUAAAUUGUAGCCCUCAUGUGAAUUACUGUAUACUAAUUUACAUCAUAAGAAGCCAAUGGAAUUAAUGAUAUGACACACUUCUUACAUUGAAUGGGUCGUUUUUCAAGAUAAUUAUUUUGUACAGUAUACUCCCCAUGAUGGUUUCUACAUUUUCCCUGAGGACAUUGGUAGACUUACAUUGCGUCAAAACUCGAAAUUUGUCCAUGUAAAGCACGAAACACCGAGAAUCACACUGCCGAAAGGUACUUAUCACAGCGGGUGGCGUUCCUUCGCUUGCUAGAGCAAAAGCGGUACCUGCUGCGACGAACCUACGGCUUCUAGUCAGUGGCCAACUUGAUUUUGAGCCAAUCAGAGGUUCGUCAUUAGUUACCACAGCCACAAAGUCAUAAACCUAAAAUGUGAUUUUAAACCUAAACUUAACCACACUGCUAACAUUAUGCCUAACCAUAACCUUAAAUUAAGACCAGAAAGCAAAUGUUUGUUUUCAUUAAUUUUUAUGCUAUAGACAAUUUUGAACUUUGCGGUAGCUAGUGGAAACCCAAUCAGAGAGCACCAACCCCCACAACGGAAAAAAGGAAAUAAGAGGGCAGUUUUCCGCACAUCCUCGGAUGAGCCAGUCACACUUCAUAUGCAAUGUAGGCUAUGGGAUGGAAACUAACUAAGUGCACAGACACAAUACUCAAUUAUUCCUCCAAGCUAGCUAACCACUGUAGAUAGUAUUGACAAUGUAUGUAAAUAACAAUGGAUUCGCUAGUGUCCAUGAAACAGCUGCCUGUGUUAGUUGCCGAGUUGUGCAGUUUCCUUAGCUACCUAACGUUAGCUAGCUAAACAUUUGGCUAUGGGCUGGUACUUUGGGAUUAUGGAGAGUGAAUAAAAUUGUUUCUUCUUCACCUUGCUAGGUAGUUAUCUAGCUGUGGCCAUCUGGCUAGUAGCAACAUAAACAGAUGUCUGGUAAUCUAGAACAUAAACAAGACGCACGGAUAUGCAUUGCCAAACAAAGCUACUGCCACCUUCUGGUUUGGAGUAUUUUAAAAGUCUGAGUGGGUGACGACUUCCAAGGUCUUUGUUGUGUGAUCACAAAGAAGUGACUGCCGACACUGUUCGGAGUUGCUAAAUACUGUCGGCAGGCAAAUGUUUGACAAUUUUACCAGGCAAACGUUUGACAAUCUUACUGGUGUGUCUGAGCUGUAACUAUUUUUAACUGCUGUUUAUAACUAUUUUCGUCCAAAAAUCCUGUUCAAAAUGUAAUCCUGGAUAUGAACAUAAAGUAAUUGUUUCAAAUUUGUCCUGGUCAUGCAUGC